AUGACAGCUCGAACUCCUCGACGCGAUGGCUUGAUGUCGUCCCCUGGCCCAACUGGGGAAUCACCCUCAGACCAGGGAAUAAUCUCUACCGCCAUUGCUAAUGCAGCGACGCUACCAUCCCCGCCCCGAGGUCCAAGCAAUGUCAGCUUGCUGGACCAGGAAAACACCACUCCCACCAAGACACAAUUCACGUUCACCUGCGAGUCCGACUCUUCGAAGGGCAUGGCCAUGCAGCGGAACUACUCAAUCCCCCAUCGAUCCCCGACCUCACCUCUUGGCCCCGUGAGUCACAAUGCCCGGGGUUUCUCCACACAAGGGACGCAGACUAGUCCGAGUAUGGCUGCAUCGGUAAACCACGGUCCAUCCGGUACGCAACCACCCGCACAAGGUGCAGAACAACACCCUGCAGGCCCGAAGAAGAAGCGCUCUCCAGGUAGCAUAUAUGCAUUAUCUGCUCGUCAGCGCAAGAUCCAGCAACAGUACACGAAUCUGCACCAUCCCCCGAGUCUGGAGGACAUCUGGAUCUGUGAAUUUUGUGAAUAUGAGAGCAUUUUCGGCCGGCCACCCGAGGCUCUGAUCCGACAAUAUGAGAUGAAGGACCGCAAAGAGCGAAAGCGGCUGGCGGAGAAGAAGCGACUCUUGGAAAAGGCCAAGAUGAAGGGCCGCAAGACAAAGAAGGCGACCAAGAACGCCUCCAAGAACUCUUCUCACUCCUACCAGCAAGGAUAUGACCGCGCUUCGGUGGACCACUCUUCAGCUACGGGCUCGGGUCUUCACGAUGAUGAAUAUUUAGGACAUGAGUACGACGACGAACAUUCUCCAAUCCCGGCUUCUGCCCCCGCAUCUCCCACCGACCUCAAACCCCCAUUGCCGCCAGGGAAUGAUCCAAAGAUAGCUGCAACGGCCCCGGGCAUCAAAGGUCCUGCUAAUUCAGGAGCUAGUCGGCCGGCAUGACAGGUCUCGCUCUGCGGCCUUU